AUCUCACAGGUCAUUCGAGCAUCACGCCCCGAUGCACGCGGACCAUUUUUCGUCCCGUCUGCUGUAUCAAUAGUGCGUCUAACCGUCGGAUUUCUUUGUAGGCGACACCUCUUACGUGGAAAAAUCGUGAACUAAGACACACAGUGCGACGCAGUUUUCAGGGAUUAUUUGCAUCAUUUCCUCAAACUUUGAGUUUUUCGCACUUCUUUUUACGCCAUGGUGACGGCACUCAGGUAUCCAUGGUGCUGAUGAAAUCCGGCGACUAGCUCGAUUGCUUGCAGCAAUAAUAUUUAACAAAAGAUGGAUGGCGAGAAUCGAAUCAUUUUGAACGUGGGUGGUUUUCGUUUCGAGACGUACCGUACAACGCUGAAGAAAAUCCCUGCCACAAGACUUUCAAGAUUAACAGAAGCCCUGGCCAACUACGACCCGGUUCUCAACGAAUUCUUCUUCGACCGUCACCCAGGUGUUUUUGCACAGAUCCUCAACUAUUAUCGAACUGGCAAACUUCAUUAUCCGACCAACGUCUGUGGUCCUCUCUUCGAAGAAGAACUCGAAUUCUGGGGCCUUGAUGCUAAUCAGGUGGAGCCAUGCUGUUGGAUGACGUAUACAGUUCAUCGAGACACCCAGACGACAUUAGCCAUUUUGGACAAGUUGGAUAUCGAGACGGACAAGCCAAGUCAAGAAGAAGUGGCUCGUAGAUUCGGUUACGAAGAGGCGUACCAUAAAGGCCGUCUAAACUGGUGGCAGCGGAUGAAACCCAAGAUCUGGUCCCUUUUCGACGAGCCUUACUCUUCCAAUUCAGCCAAGAUCGUUGGCUUGGUGUCUGUAUUCUUCAUUUGCGUUUCGAUCCUGUCGUUUUGCCUCAAGACACAUCCCAAUUUGCGAGUGCCCGUCAUCCGGAACGUCACAAUCGAUUGGUCGAGAUCUGCGCUUUCAUCGCCAGUGCUCGACAUUUACCACCGCUUUAGAAAUCAGCAUCCAACACGUCAGAGCAACUGGACAACCAGUUGGACCUUGGACAAGACACGCACCGAACCCCAUCAAGCCUUCUUCUUUGUCGAGCUGAUGUGCAAUGUCUGGUUCACGCUGGAAUUCACUGUCCGUUUUGUCGUGUGCCCCAACAAAUGUAUCUUUGCCCGGUCGCUUGUUAAUAUUAUCGACUUGGUGGCUACCCUCUCGUUUUACACAGACAUUCUCUUACAGGAGCUGGCCCAUCACGUAGAUAAUGCCGAUAUAUUGGAAUUCUUUUCCAUUAUUCGGAUCCUCCGUUUAUUCAAAUUAACUCGCCAUUCGCCCGGUUUAAAAAUCCUCGUUCACACGUUUAAAGCCUCCGCCAAAGAGCUGACGUUGCUCGUCUUCUUCCUCGUCUUAGGCAUUGUCGUUUUCGCCAGUUUGGUCUACUAUGCCGAACGACUCCAAGCCAAUCCCGACAAUAAUUUCAAGAGCAUCCCAGAAGGUCUUUGGUGGGCCAUUGUUACCAUGACAACGGUGGGUUACGGAGAUAUGGCGCCAAAAACGUACGUCGGAAUGUUUGUCGGUGCGUUGUGCGCCCUGGCCGGCGUCUUGACCAUCGCCCUGCCCGUCCCUGUCAUCGUCUCCAAUUUCUCCAUGUUCUACAGCCACACGCAGGCACGGUCCAAAUUGCCUAAAAAGAGACGCAGCGUCUUGCCUGUGGAACAGAUCCGGCGGAAGCAACAACACAAUCGAAACGAAGGCGGUAAUGCUGGCGGUCUCCAGCGGCGGAUGAACGCCUUCAAGCACAAUCCACCUGCCAUGUUGCUGAAAGAUGCUAUGGCCGUCACCUUUGGCGCAGCGGGUGCUUGUAAUAACGUGAACGUCGUUUCGAUGGCAACCGCCGCAGCGGGAGUUAAUAAGAUGCCAGGCUGCCCAAGCUCCGUGGCUUCGAUACAACCAACGCUGCCUGGUCGGCCAUCAGCGGCAUUUGAUUUCACUGCCCUCGGACUGAUGGCCAAGAUUAUCGAAUCUCCACCAUUGGUGACUCUGCAAGUGGCCAGUAAGAGUCCAUCUUCUUCGCUGGCCUGCCUCCAGCCGUUGCAAGAUGGCCUGCAGGCUAUGGCUCGUCAUUCACCACCUUCUCAGGUGCUGAUGUCGGACAUUGACGUCGAAGCAAACGAGGUCAAAAUCAACGGAAAUCAUCUCGUAGCUGAUGCGGUGACGGAGAUGACGUCGAUAGAAGCCGGCAAAGAUUUGCUGAUCGAUCAGCCCGCAGCCCCUUCGUUCAGCUGAGAGGCACUUCACCGUUUUCGAACGCUGCAUGUGUGGUCUCUCUUCUUCCUUUUCUUUUCCCCACGGUGCCAUAGCCGCCACAUCAAUCGAUUAGAUUUAAUCUAUUCGUCGCUGCUGUCCUGUACAAUUUUUUCCUCUAGCUUAUUUCUAUUCUCUCCAUCUUUUUCCUUAUCUUUUCUAACUCUCUUUUCCUCGUUGACGAAUCAGAUCUACAAUCAAAUCUCGAACAACAAAUUGAUCCAGAUGAAUUUGUUGAUGUACGAUGUUUAGAUUUUAUUUUGUGUUUGCUGUCAGAUUCUACUGUUUCAUCCACUAUCACUAUGAACAUUUUUACUUUUUUCGAAAUGAUAAGCAAAACGUUACAUUUUUAACUAACAACACGCACAUUCAGCUUUCGACAUUUGAAUUGCCACUCGUAGAAAGCCUUCAGAAUGACUUCAGCUUGUUUAAUAUUCAUAAGGAAGCAACAGAGUAUAGACCAUUUUACCAAGAACCAUGAAAUGUCCACAGAAAAAAAAAGAAAAAAAUAAACAUUUGAGUGUCUGAUGUUAAGGGGUCGCAAAUGUCGAGCUGAUGAAGCGUGUUAUCAAUAAAUGCUGAAUGUAAAUUUGGUCUCCAGCUUUUCAAGCGUUGACGACACGUAAUUCUCCAGAGAGGCUUAUGUGUGAAAUAUACUUGCGUCCUGUACAUACAUCAA